AGGAAAAGACAAGUCAGGAUUUUUUGGAUUCCGGUCGUACAUGCAAUCAUGACUUCCACAUGGAACGAAAUUAGUGUUGCAAUCAAAGAAAAUAGACAUGAACUUAAAUUACAAGGGCCCACCAUAUCAGGUUAUCUUGAGGCAAAUGGUGUAGACUCAAGGCUGUACCAAUUAACAAACCUAAACUACCUUGAUUUUUCAAAUACAUGCCUAACAGAACUUUCUGAUGACAUAGGUUCUCUUGUAAAUUUGACCAAUUUAGUUUUAGACCACAACAAGCUAAAUCGACUUCCAGAAACCAUUUCAAACUUGAAGAAAUUGAAAUGUUUCGAUGUUUCAAAUAACCAGUUGGAAUCAAUUCCGGAGAGUAUCUCUGGAUUAACUGCGAUUCACACUUUGAAUUGUAGUAUGAAUAAAAUAGAGAUAUUUCCAUCAAUUGAGAAGAUGACAUCCGUCCAUAUUCUUAUCAUUUCAAACAAUAGUUUAACAUCACUACCUGAGGGAAUAUAUAGUGAAGAGUUGUCUCAUCUUAGUCAAAUACAGGCAAGCGACAACCAGAUUGAAGAAAUUCAGUCCGAAAUUUCUGACUUGCCUCACCUGAACUUGUUGGAUUUAUCUAACAAUAAGUUAUCCUCAGUACCUGCUGAAUUAAGUGCCUGUCCAAAGAUGAAAGAAUUGAAUUUGAAAGGAAAUAAAUUCAAAGACAGACGAUUUGGCAAAUUGGUCGAACAGUGUCCAACAAAAUCUGUUUUAGAUUAUCUGGCAAAUGUUCUAAAGAAAGAGCAGGAAGCAUCUGGCAAAAAAGAUAAAAAGCAAAAGGACAAAAAGAAGAAAGGGAAGAAAGCUAAUAAAGAUGUUGAAGAGGUUGUUAAAGAUAUGAUAAAUAUCUUGCAUUUCCAAGAAGAUGAAGGUUACACUGUACAAGUGACGCCAGCAGUCCUGUCAGUCCGUCAAUAUGUAUUAUGUUGUAUAGUAAGGCAGCUGUACCUCAAAAAGUCUAAUAUGAUCUACAAACAUUUCAUUACACUUCAGACAAAACUUCAUGAUGAGAUAUGUCAGAAGAGACAAGCAGCUACUAUUGCUACACAUGAUUUGAAGUCCAUCAAGAAACCAGUAGUUUAUGAUGCCAAAUCUCCACAUGCUCUAAUGAUUACUCCAUUAUUUAAACAAAAAGAAGUGUCUGGUGAAAAGCUAGUGACAGAUCUAAACAGAGAAGCAGAAGAGCAGAGGAAAGAAAAGAAGAGAAGCACAGUGUCAGGCAUACAUAAGUACUUAGAUUUACUAAAGGAUAAAGUACAGUAUCCAUGUUUGGUUGAUGGUGAAGGUCAUGUGAUAUCAUUUCCACCAAUCACAAAUAGUGACAAAACAAAGAUAACCAAAGAUACAACAGAUUUGUUUAUAGAGGUGACCAGCCAUUUAAACCUUGACACAUGUAAGAAGGUCAUGGAUGAAUUGUUGUACAGGAUGUUAGAUAUGGGUCUUGGUACACCUAAACCAGAAGAGGAAGGUGCUGAAGGGGGCGCUGGUGACACUGAAACUCAAAAUGAGGCUUCAAAAAGAGUUCAGAAGACAUUGAUUGUAGAACAAGUGCAAAUUUUAGAUACUGAAGGGAAUAUGAAAGCUGUUUACCCAUCGAGGGCUGAUUUACCAAAUGAAGCUAUCAAAAUCAUAAGGAACAAAUGAAGCUAUUAAAAUUAUAAAAAAAACUAUGACUUACUGAAAAGAAUGGUGAAAUUUUAUCAUGUUUCUUAU